UCCACACGGGUGUUAAUUUGUCUGCAGGUGGUCCUGUCAGUCCAAUAGAAUCAUCAUUUUUCCCAAACAAAUAUUUUUGCUUUCUCUCAAGCCAUGACAUGAAAAACAACUUUUAUAAAUUACAUAAUAUCUCUUAUCUUCUCAGAUCCUUGAUCCUCCCUUCCAGUCCUCACCAAAUAGACAAACACCAACCAUGAAUACGUGAUAUAUUAAAUCUAGGUUCGCCGUACGCGUGCAUUAUACAUACAUAUAUAUAUAUAUAUAUGUAUAUAUAUAUAUAUAUGUCCAUAUAUCUUAUCUAGCCAUACCUACUAUUACUAUUGGGAUAGUUUUUGUUGGUUGUGAAUAUGCAGAAUUUCCUCAAGUGCUUUGGCAAAACAAAUUCAUCUUUCAGAAGCAAACGCCAACAAAUAUCGCAAACAUCACAAGGCCUUGAUGAUGAUCAUGAUCAUCAUAACAAUAACAAGGUACUAGCAGAACCGGAUGACUCUAUCACUUGUUCAUCAAUUGUUGUAAGGAAAUUCAGUUGGGAGGAGAUUGAGAAGUUCACCAAUAAUUUUUGUAGCUCAAGAGUGAUUGGAUAUGGUGGAUUCAGCACAGUCUACUUGGCUGGAGAUCUCAUCCCAUCCACUACUAGUACUGGUGGAAAUCUUGCGGCUAUUAAGAUCAUCAAUGGCAGCCGUUUAUUCAAACAGGAAUUGGACAUUCUGCGGCAGCUUCACCACCGCAACAUCGUUGGCCUAAUCGGGUAUUGCGACGACCGAGGCGAUCAAGGCGCUCUGGUAUUGGACUACAUCUCCAACGGCGGCUUGGAAGAUAAGCUCCACGGCGGAGUUGGUGAGACUAGUACUACUACUACACUUCCUUGGAGAAACCGAAUGGCAAUAGCCUUACAAGUAGCUGAGGCCUUGGAAUAUCUGCACGAGAAGUGCGGCGGCUUGCCGAUCGUCCACGGCGACAUCAAGGCCUCCAACGUGCUGCUGGACCGCCACCUGAAUUGCAGGCUCUGCGACUUCGGCUCUGCGAAUGUCGGGUUUUCUUCUGCGGUGACGCCGGGGAUGAGACCGAAUCGGGCGGUGAUGAUGGGGUCUCCGGGUUACACGGACCCUCACUAUCUGAGAACUGGAAUACCAUCAAAGAAGAAUGAUGUCUACAGCUUCGGAGUCCUCCUGCUUGAGCUUGUCACCGGAAUGCAGGCCUUCUGCUCCGAGAGCAACCGGACGUUGGCGUCCCGAGUGGGGCCGACGUUAGGCGGAGACGACAUGGUCGUAGCGGAACUUGUCGAUCCACGGCUUGCCGGUGAAUUUGAGGCGGAAGAAGCAAGGGCUUUGCUUUCCUUAUCGGCUGAGUGCCUUCGCCAGCCGCCCACUCUAAGACCUUCUGCUUCUCAAAUCUUGCAAGCGUUAAACGACAACGUUUCUUUCAUUCCCCCAAGUAUUCAACACACAUAUCAUGGCUCCAAAAAUCUGCUUACACUCCAAAAGUAAAAUUAGUUGAAAAAAUAUACACACAUCCGCUAAUGCAAUACCUUGUAUACGAUUGUCAAUUAUUCAUAAUUACAUGUAUCCAUAUAGAGAAAGUAAAUAGUCGCCCUCAAGAGUUUCAUUGUAUUUGUUACGAUGACUAGAAAAUUACUCGUGUUUUUACCUUACCCCAAAAAUUGAAAAAAAGAAAAGGGAAGAAAAAGGAAAAGAAAAACUUUUUUUUUCUUUUG